CUCUCUCUCUCCUCCACUCACUCAAGAACUCCCACCACCGUAACCAUGUCCAUGGCCUUAUCUUAUCAGCCUCCUCCUCCUCCGAUCCUCAACUGCAAAACCUCCUCUUCAACCUCCAUAGCUCCUGCACUCAUUCACUCUCACUUCCCCACCAAGUCCAAUGCUCGCUUUCUGCAAAUCAACAGUGAUAACCUCUUAUCCCCGAACUCCUCGUCGACUGAGAAAUGGAGAGCCCAAGUGUCCUUUUUCCCCGCCUUCUUGAGCAAACGCAAAGACGUCGCGGCCCUCAAGGAGGAGCUUCUCGAAGCAAUCGCUCCCCUCGAGCGUGGCGCUGAGGCCUCCCUUGAGGAUCAGCAAAGAGUCGAUCAGAUUGCUCGGAAGGUUGAAGCUGUCAAUCCAACCAAGGAACCUCUGAAAUCUACUUUACUUAAUGGCAAGUGGGAGCUCAUAUAUACCACUUCAAAAUCAAUUCUACAAACUCAGAGACCCAAGUUCUUGAGAUCAAUCACAAACUACCAAGGGAUCAAUGUCGAUACAUUGAGGGCACAGAACAUGGAAACAUGGCCAUUUUUCAAUCAGGUUACAGCAGACCUCACUCCUCUGAAUUCAAGAAAAGUUGCAGUAAAAUUUGACUUUUUCAAGAUUGCUGGUUUGGUCAUUCAAAGAUUUGGUCCCGAGGCUCUCUCCGAUACUUGUGAAAUCCUGUAGUCCCUUGGAUCAAUGGUUGUUUCUCAGUAGUUCUGCUCACAUGCAUCUUCAGACACAUAUAAAAGGAUCUGAUAACUGAAUUAGAGAAAUAGGUUUCCCAUUCUUACAUUUCUCUGAUGGGACCCUGCAUCAUAUGACCUGUUCUCUUCAGAUUAAUAAAGAGACCUAGAGGAAAAAAAAAUUGAAACAUUCAUUGCUAUUUGUCUUCCGUAUUGCUUCAGCAAAAUAUAAGGAUAACUUGCAGAAAGAUCCUUAAGUUUUCAAAUUUUAUACCUUUUAUACCUCUCGAUCGAAAACUUACAGCUUGCAUUAUUAUGAUAAACCUUAAGUGUACCUUGCAGUUGACCUUUGAGGAUGCAGUGGAACACCAUUUUUUCCCCAUCAACCCCAAGUUAUCUAGAAAAUCUAACAAAUGAACAUUUAUAUACUCUGGUUUGCUGCAGCAUCUUUGAUCCUUUUAUUGCUUCAAUGCACGGAUGACUUUGAUCCUACUUUCUCUGAACUCAGCGUGCAAGUAUGUAAAUGUCUGUGUUUUCCACUUGCCUUGGUCAAACUACUAGAAGAUGAUCUCGUCUCCCAUAUAGAGUGCUCUUUUCUGGAGGUUUUGGCAUAGUUGCAUCUGGUGGGACUGUCCCAUUCUAAUGCUUUUGUUAAUUAUUGAUCAAUUCCUUUACCUUUUGUCCCUGAAGUUUCCGGGUUAUGCACUAAGAGUUCUGUUUCAACACAAACACCAGAUCCCAGUCGAAAAUGUGUUCAUCCGGUUUAUAUUCAGAUGCUGAAUAGCCUGACAAUACUUGUAGUUUGUCCAUCUUAGAUUUCCUUGUCAAUCUUUCCAGUGCUAGAAGACUGUAUCCUUACUCCUAAGGCUCUAUUUCUUUUGACAGCAUGAAUGUCGUUUGUCAAAAAGUUGUCUGGUCCAGAAUAUGAAAAGAAUCUUUAAAGAUGAAGAUGGGGCAGCUCUAGAUUUCUAAUGCUGUUGAGACCCUAAAUAAAUCAUGUCAUGGAAGCAUCUCUGCACGGUUUGGUUAUCAUGUAGCUGAUACACACAAUGAUUUCG